AUGAUGGAAAGUACAAAUCAAUCAGUUACAAGGUUAAAUUUGGUCAAGGAUAUAGACUACCUCGUUUCAUUGAUGUUAAAACUGGUCGACAAUGAUGUUACACUGAGCUUUGAAUUAUCUUGUCUCGCCAACUGGAUGGUUCAGUGUCAUACAGAGACCCCGUGGAGUUUACUUUUGACAAACGAAAAGCAUAAAUAUAAAGGGAUACAUUUAGUUUCAAAGUUAACAUCAAGGACAAUCCAACAAUCAUUGGAUAGUGUUAAACAUAAACAAUUUCGUUCAGUUGAUCGGUUAGAUGCAGAAAGAAUAACUCUUAAUGAACUGCUUGUUGAAACUAUUGAAAAAAAGUUACAAGGAGAGGUUAUAUUUCUAUCUGAUUUAAGAUACUUAUAUUACAGCCAAUCAUUGUUUAUUUCGAAUUUUAUUUCAUUUCAUUAUUGCUAUCAAGAACCUCCAAAAUUUAUACCUAAUCCAAAAACAUAUGAAGAGAUGGAAGUUUUCAAUAACAUUCUUUUGCAAAGUUUACUUUUUUGGAUGACAGAUAAUUUAUCUAUUAUGCCGUUGGAAACUCAUGGUCCGCUGAUUGCUUACAGUGGGGAACGUCCUCUUCCAGCUUUGAAAAAAUUUCAGCGAAAAUAUCCAGCAGAACACAAAUAUAUCGUCGAAGGGACUAGAGCAAUGCAAAGUAUCGAUGAAAGUCCAGAUAUUGGAGCGACUACUACCUACAUUGAAAUUGUAAAUGUAUUGGAUGUAGAAGCUUUUCCCCAAAUAAAAAACCUAAUUUAAAC